ACUUCCGGCCGGAGCCUCUCAGUCUUCGUGAGGCGCGGAGUGGAGCGGUGGCGACGCAAGUGGCGAGGCCACUACUCCUCUGGGCGGCGAGCAAAUGGUGCCUUCUGCCAGAAGUGUGCUUUGAAGGAAGCUCUGGUUUUGUGCUAUAUGAGCUGGAAAACACACUAUUGAUAUCUUGAAAGGAGUGGUGAUUUAGCUGUAAGAUUCUCAAGUUUUUAAAAAUGUCAUCUGACUCAAGCAAGAAACGGAAGCCCAAGGUCAUCCGCACAGAUGGAGGCCCACAGGAAGGCAAGAGAAGCCGGCCGGAUGCUGAUCAGGAUGCCAAAUACUACAGUGAAGAGGCAGAGGUGGAUCAGCGAGACCCCAACAAAGACUAUGAACUUUACAAGCAGACCUGCCAGGACCUUCAGAGGCUUAUGGCAGAAAUCCAGGAGCUAAAGAGUAAAGGCAGCAAAGACAGUGCUGCUGAGAUAGAAGAGCGGCGCAUCCAGAGCUGUGUGCACUUCAUGACCCUGAAAAAACUCAACCGUUUGGCUCAUAUUAGGCUAAAGAAAGGAAGGGACCAGACGCAUGAGGCAAAGCAAAAAGUGGAUGCUUACCAUCUGCAGCUCCAGAAUUUGCUUUAUGAAGUCAUGCAUCUGCAAAAGGAGAUCACUAAAUGCCUGGAGUUUAAGUCCAAGCAUGAAGAGAUUGAUUUGGUGAGCGUAGAGGAGUUUUACAAGGAGGCCCCUCCAGAAAUCAGCAAGGAAGAGAUUACGCGCAGUGACCCUCACCAGCAGACACUCUGCCGUCUUGACUGGGAGCUGGAGCAACGCAAACGACUGGCUGAGAAAUACAAAGAAAGUCUUGCCAACAGAGAAAAAAUUCUGAAAGAGAUAGAUGUGAAGAAAGAAUACCUGAGUAACCUCCAGCCGCGGCUCAACAGUAUCAUGCAGGCCUCUCUCCCCGUCCAGGAGUACCUCUCCAUGCCUUUUGAGCAGGUUCACAAGCAGUACGAGACAGCCCGGCACCUCCCGCCACCGCUCUAUGUACUCUUUGUCCAAGCCAGUGCCUACGGUCAGGCCUGCGCUCACAUGAAGCCCUCUGCUCUUAGGCAGGAUAAGAAGCUGGCCGUUGCUAUAGAAGGAAAUGUGGAGGAAGCCAAAGCACUCUGCAAACCUCCAGAGGACUCCCAAGAUGAUGAGAGUGAUUCGGAUGCUGAGGAAGAGCAAACCACAAAACGCCGCCGCCCAACCCUGGGGGUGCAGCUGGAUGAUAAGCGCAAGGAGAUGCUCAGGAGGCACCCACUCUCUGUCACGGUGGAUCUGAAAUGCAAAGAUGGUAGCAUGCUCCUCCUGACGUUCUACUACCUGAUGAACCUCAACAUCAUGACGGUGAAAGCCAGGGUGACGGCGGCUGCGGAGAUGACCAUGCCUAUCAGUGCCGGAGACUUGUUGUCCCCUGAAUCACUCCUGAGCUGCUUAUACCCUGGAGAUCACGGGAAGAGAACUCCAAAUCCUGCCAACCAGUACCAAUUUGAUAAAAUUGGCAUCCUUAACCUGUGUGACUAUGUGUCAGAGUUGGGCCACCCUUAUGUGUGGGUGCAGAAGUUGGGAGGCCUGCAUUUCCCCAAGGAUCAGCCCCAGAGUCCUGUGAUUGCCGAUAAUUCGCUGAGUGCCAGCCACAUGGAGAGGACCAUGAAAUUGCUCAAGAGGAGGCUAGAGUCCCGUCUUGCUCUGCACAAGCAGUUUGCUUCCCUCGAGCACGGAAUUUUGCCCGUCUCCAGUGAGUGUCAGCACCUCUUUCCAGCUAAGAUUGUGUCGCGCUUGGUGAAGUGGGCGGCCAUCACGUAUGAGGAUUACCUGGAGCUGUCGUAUACUAAAGAUGUUGGAGAGGCAGGUUUAGCAGAGGACACUCACCUGUAUUAUAUGGCACUGAUAGAAAGAGGGACAGCCAAACUCCAGGCGGCAGUGGUGCUGAACCCGGGCUACUCGGCUAUGCCUCCCAUCUUCAGCCUGUGCCUGAACUGGAAAGGGGAGAAAACAAACAGCAAUGAUGAUAAUAUCCGGGCCAUGGAGAGCGAGGUCAAUGUCUACUACAAGGAGCUCUGUGGCCCCCAGCCGGGCUACCAGCUCCUAACCAACCAGCUGCAGCGCUUGUGUGUCGUUCUGGACGUCUACCUGGAAACAGAGUCCCAUGACAACAGCGUGGAGGGACCCAAGGAAUUUCCACAGGAGAAGAUGUGUCUGCGCUUGGUCAGGGGACCCGGUCGGAUGAAGCCAUUCAAGUACAACCAUCCUCAGGGCUUCUUCAGCCACCGUUGAGCCCUGCAGCUGUAAUCCUCCAGACACCUCUUUCCAAGGAGAGAGAAGAACGAUUUGCCGGCUGAUGGAUUUCCAGCCUCUUCCUGGCCAGACGAGGCCAGACCUUUCUGCUUCCCUGAUCCUUCCAUUCCAUUAGCUGUCAUGUUAUAGUGUUGUAAUAAUUAAAAUUUAAGACAGGAC